AUGAAACAAAUAAUUCGUUCAGCAUAUACUACUAAAAUUCGACAUCUACGGGACGCAACAUUGCGAUGUGCUAAUGGGUCUGGAAGAUUUGUGAGAAAGGGAAAGGGGUUUCGCGAAAAGGCGAAAGCAGAAUUCGGCGAAGAAUCUGAGAACGUGGGACUUUGA